AUGACCGGGAUAGAGCUGUACUGUAAGGACCUCGCAGGCACUGUCACAUCUCCUAUUAGAUUUAACCUUGGCUUCAGUGACGCAGUGCUAAGGUCCGCGUCCACCUGCCAGGACGACACGUUCGCUGUGGGCUUCCGCAUGAAGUGGCUCGAUGACCAAGGGGACGAAGAUGACGUAGGUAUGACCAACUUCAGGCUGCAUUGCCAGACCGGUACCGCCCAGAGUUAUACGCAAGUUGAAGGAACCUGGUACAACGAGGCACUGUGCCCUCCUUUGACUCUCAUUUGUGGAUUUCGUGUCUUGUAUCAACCGCUUUCUGUCGCCGAUGUCACCUGCUUCAACGAGAUUGCAAUGGCGUGCUGUUUCCUAAUCAGCUUUAUCUACUGCUCUCCAGCGGCAAUUCCUGCUAGCUGA